UUCCAUUUGUUCCAUUGACUCUUCUUCUUCCUCCCUGGAAUAUCCAUACAUACUCUCAAACUUGCACUUAGUCAAAGGCCUUUACCGCUAGGUGUCUUAUCGCCAUUUAUUGCCCAUAUUAGACCAUUGCCCUUCCGCUAUUGCCGCUGUUCUCCAUCUUUCUUGUAUUUUCACAAGCAGUACGGAGUACCUACAUUUUCUUCUCCAUUUCCUACGAGUCUAGUCUGCUAGGCAACUCAGCUAGAACUAGAGCACUUUGACAUCCCACGUCUCGAAACGCCUCCACAAGCCCCCUCUUCACCGGGCCUCCUUUUCUCCCCCUCAAAAGACCAUCUUCUCUCCCCUCUCUCUUCCCCAAGAAAGUCGGUCCAAAGUCGCACGCCGUCCCCUUGACCUCCCGCCGCCACCGACCUCCGAACGACGUCUCAUCCCCCCCAAAAAAGAUCGAAGCUGGACUGAAUUGCACUACAAGAAAAAUCCGAUUCUCGCCUCCCCUGCUUUACGCUGUCCGCUAAAGUCCAGACCCUGCUCUGUCCGCGUCCCGAUUCGAUUCGACUUCACAAGCGCCCGGCCAGUCCAAACCCAGCCAAGCCAAGCCUCAUCUUGCUUCGCUGACUUUUGAGCUGCAUUUGCUUCUGCUGCUGUACCCCUGCGACUUUGAUCCUUUUGCCAUCAUCAUCGUCGUCGUCGUCGUCGUCGUCGUCGCUAUCAGCAUCAUCGAACUUGCUGCCAUCAAUACAUCCUCUGUCUCGAACCGAAUUUUGAUUUCCACGAUUUACACCGCAAGAUAGAGUGCCCUGCGAGAUACUACCACGGCGCUCCGACUCCACCCCCGAUCCAUUCCUUAGAUUCAAGACUCAGCAUGGGACUUUGCUAUCUUUCACGAUAAUUCAACGUUGUCCAACAUAUCGAUCCCCUCGCGAUGGGCAAUGGCCAAGGAAAGCCCGUCGACCUGAACGGCGAAGUGAACUUGAAUCAUUUCCGCCUGUUGCGAGUCGUCGGUCGAGGUGCCUUUGGAAAGGUGCGAAUUGUUGAGCGGAAGGACACGAACUUGUCCUUUGCCCUCAAAUAUAUCCGUAAAGAUGAAGUCGUACGAUCCGAAAGCGUGCGAAACAUCAUCCGCGAACGUCGAAUGCUGGAAUAUGUUAACCAUCCCUUCAUUUGCAACUUGAGAUACAGCUUUCAAGAUAUUGAGUACAUGUAUCUGGUGGUUGAUCUAAUGACUGGCGGAGAUUUGCGGUUUCAUAUUUCGAGAAAGACCUUUACCGAAGAGGCUGUUAGAUUCUGGAUUGCCGAGCUUGGAUGUGCUUUGCGAUAUGUGCACAGCCAAAAUAUCAUCCAUCGAGAUAUCAAGCCCGACAAUGUCCUUCUUGAUGCGGAUGGCCAUGUCCAUUUAACAGAUUUUAACGUCGCUUCCGACGUCGUUCCAGGAAGGACACUUACUAGCAAGUCCGGCACAUUGGCUUAUCUUGCACCUGAAGUUUACGCUGGCAAAGGAUACGAUGUGCGGGCAGAUUGGUGGUCCUUAGGUGUUCUCUUCUACGAGUGUAUCUACAACAAGCGCCCGUUCGAAGGGGGCUCCGAAGGAUCUCUUAGUCAACAGAUCCAGGCCGCUUCUCCCAAAUACCCCGUCACGCAGCCGCCUGUAUCCCUCGCUUGCCUCUACGCAAUCGGCUCCGCGCUCGACCCGAACCGCGAAACUCGGAUGGGCUCAACAUGGGAGAGCUUCACGCAAAACGAAUUCUUCAAGUGUUUUGAUUUCGAGCUACUCGAGCUUAAGAGAAUCGAGCCCAUAUUUGUUCCUUCGUCCGAGAAGACUAAUUUCGAUGCCACAUACGACCUCGAAGAGUUGCUAUUAGAGGAGGCUCCACUCGAAGCCCGUGCGAGACGCCAGAAACCACGAGAGCGUCUAAAGGACGAUGCAACUGAGAAAGAGAUCAGGGAAGACGAGCUGUAUCGCAUGAUUGAGACAGAUUUCAAGCCAUUCGAUUAUACAGUGGCUGCUUAUAAACGAAUCACUGAGGGUACUGGUGUCAAUCCAGAAGGGCAUCCCGACUCGGACAACGCUCCUCAAGCGAUCACAACGGAUGAAGCAACGCCUAUGCCCGCAGUCAAUGGAGGUUAUCAGUCAUCACCUCUUAACCCAAGUACCAGCAAUGAAAGCCGACAGGGACGCCCUGUACGCCCUGCUCCGCCACCUCCACUGCAGAAUGACUUCCGAGCUCGCCAUGUCCCGAUUGUUGCCGGCCAACGGAUGACAAGUCCUACUGGUGGCGUACAAGUAACUCUCGAUGGCAGCGGUAGUUGGUCUGAACUAGCUCGCCAGGAUGCAACCUUGCCUACAGAUGCUAACAAUAUUGGCGACGGCAAGAAUGAAGGCUCCGGCGGUAUGUUUGGAUUUCUCAAGGGCAAGAAGGGUCGCACAAAUAGCCCCAAGCCGAAAGAAAGGGGUGUAUUGGGCAAAGAAGGCGCACGAGUUGUCAUCGGAUAGAGGACGAUCGAGGCUCACAGCAGGUGUUUUGCGUCUCAAAGUCGACCGACAAACAGCCAGUCGACGAAUUACACGCCAACGCCGAGAGUUAUCGGCCUCAAUCCUCCGAAGAGUCUGCACCAAGGAAUUGAUCAUCCAACAAUCCCUGCAGUACCAGCCUGCUUAAUCCUGCAUGCACUGGCACCGCGUUUCCUGGUCACUGUUCAACCGCCGCACUCGAGCAUGUAUUUCGAUCCAGAUACGGCAGUAGUAGCAGCGCAAGGACGAUGAGAAACGGCCUCUACUUCAUUCAUUACGGCGUUCGGUCAUGUUUUACGGCUAGACGCCCUUUCCGUCUCUAGUUAUAGGGGGCAACGCAUCAGAGAAACGAACGCUCAUUUGUAACAACGCGAUACGAACCAAGUAAAUCACCAACAGGAAGGGGGAGCUUAGCGUUUGCAGGGGCACUUCAUUGAUUUGAACCUACAACGACUGGCGGAUGUUUCACUCGCAAGGGCGUCUUUCUCUCCGUGAGGGUGACAUCGCGACGGGAUAUAAUCAUAUCUUUACACACAUUAUUCAUACUAACGGCAUUUUCACAAAUGUCUGGUCGGAAGAGAAGGAUCAUACACAACUGGACUGGGGCGGGUUUGGAGGCAAUUUAGGGGAGGAGGGGGCACUACCACAAGAUGUCCGGUAUUGAUGGUUAACUUGUUUAUUAUUGUGAGCAUAUUUGGAAUAAUACCCCAUUACACAUUAGACUUUGAUAUUGACCUGCUUAUUCGCCUGAUUCAUGCAGUUCUAAAGAAACGCCUUCAAACACUAAGAAAUCCUUGACCCUUGACUACUUGGGUAUGAGGAUUCGGGAAUGCGCCGGAAGUAAAUGAUCUUCUUGGUUCAUGACUCAUGGCAUGAACUAGCCCAGAGGUUGGUCUUCUUCAAGGCAGGAAAAUGAAAUCCGGAGCGACUGGAGGGUAUACUCAGAGUGAUGAACACGGAGGUGUUUGAGACAGUAUCACUGUGGGUGCGAUGGCAAACAAUGAAUGAUUCCUUCCAUGACUGUUGACAUGCGUAGUUUUAAGGGUGAAUGGUAUGAGUAUGGAGGGACGAUCGGCGGGUUUCAAAGGUUUCUAAUGGGAUAUCUGCUGUCCGGAGGACAUGUCUCCAUGUUCAUCUGGUUGACUUCAUGAAUGGUUGUCGUAUAUCCUGAGAAGGAGCUUAUCAACCGGAUGUUUCCAUACUGCUUACCUAUGCAACAAAGGGCCAAGAGUACUCGGAGCUUCCUACACUGACAACGGAGUUUAUUAGGGGUGAUCACAAAGGCGCUUAGACACGACAGGUGAUGUCUUGUACAGCAUGUUUUUGGUUGGCAGAUGGAAGUGGAACUUGUGUUUCUUGUCCGAUAGACACUAUGAUGGUGAGCUGGUAUAUGAAUGAAGACGGUAUUUUAAAAGAGCGACUGCUUGGCAUCUACUAAAAUGCAGUUUUCUUGUCGAAUUAUACCUGGGAGAAAAGCGAGGCCUCAUACCUAAGCCGUGAUCCUCCUUUUCAGUGGGCAGCAAGGCAUUUUCAGGCCCCUAGAAACGGCACAGGACUUGUGAAGUAUGUCUCAAGGUCUCUAAAUUGAUAAUUGUCCUCCAGGAUUGGUAUUCCAUUCGCACGCUGGAGCGUAUGUAGCUGAGCGGGCCCUAACAGUGGCCCUGCGAUGUGGAACC